GCCACACAUCUCAACUUCCAGUCUUUUGUGGCACAAACACUCUGACUUUUAGAGAGAGAGAGAGAGUGUGUGUGUGUGUGUGUGAGAGAGGAGAGAGAGGCUCAUGGUUGCCAUCUGCGGUCGAAUCCAUCUUUCGCCAAACCAUGGAUUCAAUCUCAACAAAUCAGGUGAUAAACAUUAUUUUCAUAGACAAAGUCCAAAUCGGAGCAUCUUGAUGACAGCAUCGAGCACCAGGCUUGGCACAGGUGGUGGGGUGUUAGACAAGCCAACCAUAGAGAAAACAACUCCUAGUCGUGACUCUGAGUUUGACGUGAGGGUUCUACCACGGACUACUAGUGUCGGAACGAGUAGACGACGAUGGUGAUGAGGACGUGUGACUGUGAGUGUCUUACGAUUUCUGAGGGAUUUGAAUUGGAUUUGCCUAUAUAAUAUAUAUCUUCUCAAAUUGUUGACUUUUUUACUUCCAAAUUCCUGUUGCUUAUGAAAACUUUGGCGCCACUGUAAUUAUCUUAUAGGCUGGUUUUAUUGGGAAAAUGAACUUCACACACUUAAUUUCUGUUUAUUUUUUAACCUUGAUUUUA